AUGGGUAUCGCUGUCACUGAAUUUUAUUAUGCACAUUUAUUACAACCAAACAUACGUAAUCGUCUUAUUUCAUUGUGUAUCUCACAUACAUUAGCUAUUGAUAAUGGUUUAUGGUUAGCAUCUAAUAUAUCUGCAUUUAUCAAUCUUCGUCAUUUAUCUUUAAUCGAUAUUAAACGUUCUUGUUUUGAAUUAAUGCUCAAUACAUCUGCAUCCAACACAUCUCUCGUCAUAUUUAACGUACAUUAUACAGAAUACUAUCGAGCUGCAUAUACAUUUAAAGAUGUACCUGAGGGUGCAUAUUAUAAAAGAAUCUUUCGUUUAUUUCCUUUAUUACGUGUAUGUCACCUUCGAUUCUGGCGGUAUAUAUACGACACUCUAGACAGUCAAAUAGUUCUACCACUUAAUAAACCUUUUAUACCGAUUGAAACAAAUCAUUCGAAUUUACAAUCAUUUGUACUUCGAGAAUGUUCACCAGCUUUUCUCUCACAUUUACUCCAAUAUUAUCCACAAUUGGAAGAACUCACCUUUGAUUUAAGUACACCUUGGCUACCUGAUAAACAUCCAUUAUUGAAUAAUUAUAAAAAUCAAAUUUCUCGUAUUGAUAAACGUUUGGUUCCUAAUUUACGUCGUCUUAAAAUAACAUUAAAAUAUGAUACUAAUGCUAUGGAUCUACUUGAUCAAUUAUUUGAUCAUAAUGUUUUAUUUUCAUUGACAAAAUUCACAUUAGAAGGAAUGGUGACUGGACCUAAUGUUGUUUCCAAGUUAUUAUCAAUGCUUUGUCAUCAGUGUUCAUAUACAUACAUUGUUAGAUGGAUUGUGAAAACUACAAUAUCAUUAUCGAACACAAGUAGUAUUUUGUUAAAUACAUUGCAACAAUUGAAAGGACGAAUACCAAUCGAAUUAGAAUUAUGUUUAUAUAAUGAUAGUUAUUCUAUUAAAGCUUUCACGUUACCACGAAAGGACAAAUCUUUAUAUGCUUAUAAAUAUGUAAACAAAAACAUUGUUCACGUACAAAGUCAUUGGCCAUAUAGUUUAUCAAGAGCUUUGAACAAUCGUUUGACAUGUAUCAAUCAAAUAACAUUGGAUGGUAGAUAUUCUCAAACCAAUGACGAAUGUCUCUCUUACUUACUAACUAUUGUUUCUUGCCAACAAAUUACUUCGCUUACAAUUGAUGAUCCAUUCGAUUUAUGUCAACUACGUUUGCUCUUAUCAAAAACGAUUCAUUUACGUACUCUAGAGCUUCUUUAUUACUUCGAUUAUGAUUUAGAUGAUGAAAGAAACAAGCAAAAUGUAAUCAAACUUUUCAAUGAUACUUCUUUAUGCAAUAUACUCAUGUCAAAUGGAUUAAAAAAACUACAUUUUUAUACGGAUUGGCAAUAUCCAGAUAUAAUAGGUAUUGUUUCUUUAAUUGUCAAACAAUUGCCACAUCUGGAAAUCAUAGAGUUAAACUGUCAUGAUGGUAGUCAAGUUCCUGAAACAUUACAUAUACUAAUAAAUGGUCUUCCAAAAUUGAAUUUUAUCAUUUUUCAUACUCUUUUGACUGGUGAAAAUGAACAGAAGUCAAAAAUGCGUGAUCUUCCGAACCGUUGUAAACGUGCAUAUCGACUGGAGAAUCUUCGAGAACUUGCUCAUGCUACAAUACUUCAUGUAUGGCUUCAAUAA